ACCAACCAAACUGCAGAACAACAGCCGACUUACAGUCAGACUGAAUACUACUAUCAAACUAUCAAACACAGUACUCAGUACUCAGUCUGAAGUAUCUCCUGAGUACUGCGGUCAGCUGGAGUACGCAGGAGGUCAGUUCAAAAACAGACUCUGUCAGAGGCGGACCGGAGUCAGACGGUGGCGUCCCCGAUGAAACCUCGGCUCAGUCUGAUUGGACGCUGAAUUAUCUCUGAAUUAUCUGUGUCGUCGGGAUAAUUACUGUGGGUUUCCCUGCAGACUUUGAACCAUCAGCACGUCCAGAGAGGGGAACAGAGACGCUGCAGUGAGGUCUGGACCGUAAUGGGAUAAGUCACACCGCAGAGUCCAAGGUCGGGGGGAGGAGAGGACGCUCUCCUCCAGAGCCGCUGAACAUCCACAGACAAACACGGUCAUGUGACCCUGGAGGAGUCAUCCAUGAUCACAGACCCACACAGGAACAAAGAGGUCUCAGUGUUGGACCUGAUCCUCAGCUGAAACCACAUGGCUGCUGGUUAUACUGGGUGAGCGUCAGCUGACUGGGAGGAGGUUUGUGUUUGUGUUUGCUGCUCUCUUUAGAUCACUCCUGGUUUUUUAGCUCUAUUCCCAGUAUUUUAUUGUAUUCUUUACUGUUUUGUAUUUCUGGUAAUCCAGAUUAGAGUCCUCUGUACUGUGAACACGCCCAUGAAUGAACACUGUCCCAUCGAAAUGAACAUUUAACUAAACUAAACUAAACUAAAGUAAAGUAAACUAAAGUAAACUAAACUAAAGUAACCUAAACUAAACUAAAGUAAACUAAACUAAACUAAACUAAAGUAAACUAAAGUAAACUAAACUAAAGUAAACUAAAGUAAACUAAAGUAACCUAAACUAAACUAAACUAAACUAAAGUAAACUAAACUAAAGUAAACUAAACUAAACUAAAGUAAACUAAACUAAACUAAAGUAAACUAAACUAAAGUAAACUAAACUAAAGUAAACUAAAGUAAACUAAAGUAAACUAAAGUAAACUAAACUAAAGUAACCUAAACUAAACUAAACUAAACUAAAGUAAACUAAAGUAAACUAAAGUAAACUAAACUAAACUAAACUAAACUAAAGUAAACUAAAGUAAACUAAAGUAAACUAAACUAAAGUAAACUAAACUAAAGUAAACUAAAGUAAACUAAACUAAACUAAACUAAAGUAAACUAAAGUAAAGUAAACUAAACUAAACUGAAGUAAACUAAACUAAAGUAAACUAAACUAAAGUAAACUAAACUAAAGUAAACUAAACUAAACUAAAGUAAACUAAACUAAACUAAAGUAAACUAAACUAAAGUAAACUAAACUAAAGUAAACUAAACUAAAGUAAACUAAACUAAACUAAACUAAACUAAACUGAAGUAAACUAAACUAAACUAAAGUAAACUAAACUAAACUAAACUGGAAAGUGUUUUUCUCCUGACACCAAAUAAUAAUUAUUAGACCAGGUUAGUAAAUAUAGUAAAUAUAGUAAACAUAGUAAAUAUAGUAAAUAUAGUAAAUAUAGUAAAUAUAAUCCACAGGAUGAACGAGGCCCAAAUAUUUGUUUAAUGUUGAAAUAAUUAUCACAUUUAAGUUAAAUCAGCCGUUCUUGAAAGAAACAGAGAAAGUCUUUGUGUUAAACGAGCUCUCAUCAUCAUCAUCAUCAUCAUCAUCAUCAUCAUCAUCAUCAUCAUCUUCAUCAUCAUCAUCACCAUCAUCAUCAUCAUCAUCAUCAUCAUCAUCAGUGUGAGUGGGUUCAGACGGCUCCACUGCCUUAUAUAGAGGUCCCUGUGAGACAGGUCCAGGUCCAGGUCCCCUAUUUAUUAUUUAUUAAAAUAAAUAAACUAAAGUCUCAUUUAAAGGAACAUUUUGGUAAAAGAAAAAUUCUAUUAUAUUUUUGUUUUAUUAAAAUGAUCAGAAGGUCCUCUGUUAGUCAGGUAAACGUGAAUAUAUGUGUGUGAGUGUGUGACAUAUGUGUGUGUGUACGUGUGUGUGUGUGUGCGUGUGAACAUGUGUGUGUGUGUGUGUGUGUGUGUGUGUGUGUGUGAGAGGUUAGUCUCCCUUUAUUUACGUUAUUGAUCGAACAGCUGAAGGAAACAACGAAGUUCAAAAAUGAACUCACUGCUGUGACACACACACACACACACACACACACACACACACACACACACACACACACACACUCACAGUGACCUUUUCCUCCACAGACCCUCAGGCUUCCUGCUCCACCUGAAAACUCUCGUCUCUCUCUGACGGAGAUCUACGACCUCCUCUGGAUCCUGAAUUAAGUUCUCCUGAAACAGAACGUGGAUCUGAGUUCUGUGGGUUUAAAACGUCCCAGAACCAGAACCAGAACCAGUUUACUGCUGCCUGAUUCCCUCUCUGGACUCAGAGACCCCCCCUCGAAGUCCUCAUGCAGGUCCAGACUCCAGAACAAAUAAACCACUUUAAUGACUUUAUUGAUUAGUUUUCAAUCAUUUCGGGUCACAGUGUCGCUGACAAGAACUCGAUGGUUCUGUAUCCUGGUGAAACGACGCUCCACUACGUUCAGUCAGACCGGGUCAGACCCUGCAGCAGCAGAACCGCCAACCCACCCCUCCUGAUGUAAUGACGGCGUUGGUUUAGAGGAGAAAAGAGCCUCCAGGAGAAGAACUCAUUAUUUCUGAAACACAUCCACCCUGACCUUUCCAGGUAAUAGACUGUUCCCCCCUCACAGCAACAACCACCUGAGCGACGCCGCUCAUGUAGAACGACCACGAUACGAACAUCAGUCCUGCUGCCUCGAACAUGAGGACGACUCAUAUAUAAACUAAUAUUAUAUUAAUGAUGAACUAAUGAGGGAAGGACAAACUGUUGAACCCUUAAAAACUCUUCAUUCUGUCCCGUUCACUUCCACCUCCAGAACCUGAUCUGGACCCUCAGUCUGUCCUCAGUCCUCUGCUCAUGGACAGGAUGAAGAGACACUGAUCAGUAAAUCAUUAAACAUUAAUAAUAAUAAUAAUAAUAAUAAUAAUAAUAAUGAAGACACAGACAGACAUGUUGAUUUUUUACAGUAUUUACAGUAAAGAAGAUUAAAAAAAAAUCACUGUGAUCCAAACCAAACCACCGCCCUCAAGAGAACAGGACCGGCUGACCUUCACACUGCAGAUCUGCUGUGUGCUGGAAGACGACCAUAGGGCUCUACGGCAGAGCUCCGCCUGAGGGCUCUGAGCUCUCAGACGGAGCUCUGCAGUAGAGCCCCCAGUUGUUAAUAAACACAUACUUCUGUUUAACCGCAGCUGAAAAACGUGGAAACUGUGAGUGUGGACGGAGCUACGGUGGCCGAAAACUGCCAAUGCUGCAAAUAAAAAAAGAAUAAUAAUGAAAAAAAAAGAAGUCACAACAAAAGCAAAAAAAAAAACAAAAACAAAGACCGCUGCAAAAAAAAAGAAACUGCAGAUUAAAAAAAAAAGAAGUUACUUACUGCGAAAAUAAAAGGGUGCAGAUUUUUGAAUAAAAAAAAGGAAGUUAAUGACGUAAAAAAAAAGAAUCCGAAGCCUGCUGCAAAUAAAAAAGAAACAGUGCAGUUAAAAAAAAAACACCACAGAAGUAAAUGACACAAAAAAAGGGGUGAUGCAAAAGAAAAAAUAAAAGGAUGCAAAUAAAAAAAGUCCACAACAGAAGUAUCUGCUGGGGACCGAUAAUGAUGACGCACCGUUGUUUUACGAUCUCGGUACAGAAGACGACGGCGAGAAGACGAUCAAAGAAGUUCGUGUAAAGGUUCUUGUUUAAUUUGACUGAAGUCUAACUGGAGGAUGUCGGAGUAGAGUUAGCUUCAGUUCAUCGUCAUACGGACUCAGGCCCGACACGGUUAAACCACAUUAAAAAGUUUACAAAGUGAAAUUAAUCAAUAACCUUUCCAUGAACUCCUUUGAUCGUCUUCUCGCCGUCGUCUUCUGGACCUUCUUUUUUUUUUUGCAUCGGUAACUUCUGUUGAGUCUUUUUUUUUUGCAUUCUUUUUUAAAAUUUGCAGCAGUGGCAGUUCUCGGCCUCCGUACUAAACACUACGAUAAUAUCCUCGCUGAUGCAGAUCUGAAACAGGACGCCAAGAAACCGAAACUCAUUUACAACAAUGAACAGAUGAGCGGGAGGGGUGUUAUCUGUCCACACGAGGGUCCUGUCAGUCUGUCCUCACACGUCCAUGUCCUCAAACGUCCACGUCCUCACCCGCCUCCCCUAAUCCUCAGAUUAGGACGUGAAAUCAACCAGCUCCAACCUUCCAGAUGAAUUUAGUCGGGGGUGGAGGGUCAGAGAUGUUUCUGCUCGUUGUCCAGCCCUGAGAGACCCCCGCAGAGAGAACGUCUCUGAGUCCACUGAAGGACAGCCGCUCAUCCAAGCGGAGAAGAUAACAGGAGACAGGAAGUCGAUCCCUUCAGGGACAGACGGGGGCGGAGCCUCCAUGUUGAUUAAAGAUUGAAUUCAUGCAGCCGUUCCAGCAGUUCAGGGGUUAAACUUCACCUCCACCUGUCUGUGAGGGAGUCCAGCUACGACACGCAGAAACCUGAUUGGCUGAGUUUUACUUCACUGAGCAUGCUCCGAACCCCUGACCCAGAGACGCACUCCCAUGAUCCUCUCUGUUCAUGCAGACAUCAGCGAAGACUUCUGCUCCCAGAGAGUCUGAACUUGGCGGCUGAAUCAAUACGGAGCAUUACUCUGAACAAACAUCAACAUUAUGGCGUCCGCUCACAUGCAUCAUCGCCGCCGCCGCUCUCUCGGGCAGAAAAUGGACUCUCAGAGCUCUGAGGAAGGUUCAGAUGAGUCCCUCAAGACUUACUGGGUUUAGAUUUCACAGCUGAUGGUCCCGGUCAGAGAAUAGACGCCGUCUGCCUCCUCUCUGUGAGAACAGCGCCCUCUGGUGACGGGCUGCAGUACCAAGAUUGUGUAGCUCACCCGGAGCGUCAUCACAGCGUCAACGGAGAAAAAAACACGGAAUUACGGAGAACGUUUCAGCUUCAGUAUCCUGGCGGGACGAGGAGUAAAUAGAGUCUGUGGUCCCGGUGUCUGGGUCAGGAGGAGGUCAGGGAGGCGGGUCUGAGAGGAACCUCAUUUCUCACAGGUGUCGUUGUUGUAGACCUCCAUGUCCUGCAGACUGGAGGCGUCCGUGUCGUCUCCGGCGCUGCUCAGACUGUUUCUGAAGGACAGUCCUCCGAUGAAGGGGUACAUGGUCCCGGUGAAGAGCUCUCUGAUGUUGUAGUGGGGCAGUUCUGGGUCCGGUCUCUCGGGUUUGGGUUCACACUUGCCCUCCAUGGCUUUGUUCCUCUGGUAGUACUUGGAGAACUUGUUGAAGAUGAUGGUGAUGGGCAGAGCGACCACCAACAGUCCACAGACGAUACACAGAGUCGCCACGAUCUUCCCCGGCAGCGUCACCGGGCAGGUGUCUCCGUAACCCACCGUCGUCAUGGUGAUGGUAGCCCACCACCACCCUGAGGGGAUGGUCCCCAGAUCCGUGCUCUGAGCCUCUUUCUCCGCAAAGUAGAUCAGCGCCGAGAAAAUGGAGAUCCCCACGGAGAGGAAGAGCAGCAGCAGACCCACCUCGUGGUAGCUGUGGCGGACCGUCGCUCCCAGCGCUCGCAGUCCGAUGGAGUGGCGGGCCAGUUUGAGGAUACGAAGGACCCUCAUCAGGCGCAGAACCUGCACCACCUUCCCCACGUUCUCCAAGUCCUCGCUCUCCUCGGCGGUUUCCUCAUCGGCUGUCUCCAGAGCUAACGUGGCGUAAAACGGCAAAAUGGAAGCCACGUCGAUGAUGUUCAAAGGGUUCCCGAGGAACUUCCUGCGGGACGGAGCGACGAUCAGUCUGAUGAUGAACUCAGCCGAGAAACAGGCGAUGCAGAUCACCUCAAGGACGGCGAGGACCGGAUCCUCGAUGGGUCUUUCGUUUUCGUCCAGGCGCUGGAACUCGGGCAUGCUGUGGACGCACAUGGCGAUAAUGGAGGUCAAGACCACGCUGAGGGAGGCCACGGCGAUAACCUUGGACGCCGUCGAGUGACCCGGAUCCUCCAGCCGAAGCCAAAUGUAGCUCCUGACCUCGCCACACCACGCCCCUUUAAACUUGGCCAGGUCUUUGUCCAGAGCCGAGAGCUCCUCGAAGGACGAGUCCAGGCUGGGCUGCUGCUGGUCGUCGCUCCGGAUGUCCCAGUCCCGGUCCUCCAUGUACUCCUUCCUCUCAUGGUACCAGUUACUGCAGCAGGAACUCAGGUGAAGUUCCUGGAUCCCCCAGUACUCGAUCUCCUGGCUGAAGGAGAAGACGCACAGCUCCUCCAUCGUGUGGAUCUGUCCCGUGUUGUAGAAGUUGAGGACACAGAGGAAGACCCGCGGGUUCCUGUCGAAGUAGAACUCCCUCUCCGCCGGGUUGUAGUCGUCGCACAGCUCUAGGAUCGCCGCCUCGCUCCGACAGCGCAGCAGACGAGCCAGCCGCGUGUGAGGGAACCGGAGCAGGGUCCCCGGGUCCACUUUGUGCCGGACACCUCCCACGUUGAGGUGGAUCUGGUCCUCCUGGCUGCCCCGCGGGUGGAGGAAUUGCCCGUACCCCAUGGUCCUGAUGGUGCAGAGUUAUCACAACGAGAGAGGAAGUCUGUCAGCGUUAUAGAUUUUAUGACAAGAAAAUGUGCAACAAGCAUUUUCAGACAGGCGAGGGGGGGGGGGGACUGAUGCAUUUAUUCAGGGGGAGGGUGAGGAGGGUGAGGAGGAGGGUGAGGAGGAGGAGGAGGAGGAGGAGGAGGAGGCCACAUUUAAGGGCUGUGUUUGUGGAGCACAUUAGUCUCCUGGAGGAAGAGAGAAAAUCAAUAGCGCUCACACAGGAAAUGGUUUCAGCUGGAGAGAGUGAAGAAGCGCGAGCCGCCGCCGCCGCUGCUGCUGUCACUUCGUGGAUUAUUAGCAGAGGAAUCGAAUUACAGAGCGGCGCGGGCAAACACGGAGAGGCAACAAGUCCAAACCUAAAACCUGAUCCAAACACAUCUAUGUAGGUCUAGAUCUAUGUGGGAGAUUCACUCUCAGAGAAUCUCCCACUUCUGUGAAAUCAGAGUGAAAAUAAGAGUCAGCCGUACCUGAACUUGGAGCCUUUCUUUCCAUCAAAACUACUUUUCUCAGUCAGCGGGGUCAGGGUUCAGGAGGAGGGAGGAGGAGACCGGGGCGCAGCAGCAGGUCCGGGGACGAGGAGGAGGACAGGACUGCUGCUGCUGCUGCUGCUGCUGCUUCACGGACGGGACAAGAGGAGUCAGGGGCGGGACACCGGGGCUCCGGCACUUAGUUCCCUUUUACAGCGAGGAGAGAGAGAGAGGGAGGGACGGGAAGGGAGGGGAGGAGGGAGGAGGAAGGAGGGAGGGAGGAGGGAGGAGGGAGGAGGGAGGAGGGAGGAGGGAGGGACCGCACAGAGGGAGGAAAGCCCUGCGAGAAAAAAACUGCAACAGCCUCUAAAAAAAAAGCUGUUUUUGUUUUUUUAAAUGAGGUUCUAUUAACUGUAUUACGGUAAUCUCCUCAGAGCUGUUUCUGUAGUUUUAGAUAAUCAUGGUAUUUCUAUAGUGAGACGUGUUUUUUCUGGUCAGUGUGUUUUAUAUAUGAGUGAAGAGUGAACCUGCAGUGAGGAUUUAAAGCCUGUUUAAUAUUUUACAUGAAAUCUCACUCUGAACAUGUUUAUGUCAAAGUGGUUCAUCUGGAGGAGGACGUGAAAAAAAACACACACUGACAUUUCAGUCUGACUGACGACAACCAGCCUGUGACGCUGUAGAGAUGGAGGGGUGAGAUGAUCAUGAUCGAGUCUCUGCAGAUAUUUCAGGAUGUUCUUCAUCCCUGUAAACUGAACUGUCAUCAUACAGCAGGACAACAAAAACAGGGUCUCCUAUGGUCAACUUACCCCGGGUACAUGUUCACGUUAAACAAGGUCAACGAUGUGAUGAAACGCCCUGGACUAGAGGAGCGCUCGACUCAGAGGAGAACAGAUAAAACACACAAGAAGUUCUGAGAGGAAGACAAUAAAACAACGACACAAACAAAUAUAUUUAUUAAAGGAGGAAUAAAAGUAAGAGAGACAAACUGAGAUAUUUACCAAGUGAAGAAGUGAUGCAGAAGGUGCUGAGUGUGACUGGAUGAAAUGGAGGAGAAGUCGGUGGAUAAAUGGAGGGAUGAGAAUGAUCACAUUUCACAUGAUAAAUAAUGAUGUUGUUGUAUUUCAGUCACGUAACAGUCACUUCUUCAUAUUCAUUCAAACUGAAGGAACGUUGUAUUUCUGUAAAAAUAACAAUCUGAACAAAGACGUCAAAGAAUCCAAGUCAAACAUUUAAAGGGGGCAGAUUAAUAAGAUUAGUCCUCUUUCUGCUCCUUUUCAUUCAAGACAGGAGAACGUUUGUAUUUAAAUUAAUUUAAAUACAAUUAUUUAAAAUACUCUAUUCAACUGGUACAAUCAUUCUUUUUAUUAUUAUUUCAUAUAACUGCUAAAAAAACAACAUCAGAAGAUGAGAACGUCUGUAAGAGAAGAUCCACAGAUCUGUAAACUCUGAUCCUUCUUUACUGUCUCUGUUCCCCCUGAACUACGAUGAAGACUUUAUUAGUCCUCCAGGAUUAAAUGGUGGACUUUAAUAUUUCUGACCUCAUGUUGGAGCUCACAGAAACCACAGCUGAUGAUAAAACUCAUUUAAGAUCUUUAUUUCUAAUCAAACUGACGACUAAAGACUAAAUUCACUUUAAAUCUCGAACCUCUUCUUCACCCAUGAGCUUCAAACCUUCACUGACUCCAUGAACUGACGACCAUCUCCGUAAGAUUUGGUCACAUGAUCAAUUUCUUUGACCAUUUACAAGAAACAGGGGAGGGGGCUCAACGUACCCCGGUCUCCCCUACUUGGCAGCUGGAGGUCCAACACACCUUCAUGGAGGACGUUUAAAAACGUCUCCUUCAGUUUAUGACUAAAACCUCUCGGUGUCUGAGCGUCCUCUGGACUCAGGCUCUGAUCUGAGGUGGGUCCUGGUCCUCAGAGGAAGACCUGCAGACCUGCUCUGUUCAUCUUUACUUCGGCAGAAACGAGUGAGUGAAUAAAUCAAUGAAAGGAAGUUGGUCCCCCCUGAGUCUGCUCUGAGUUAUGAGACACUGUGAGAACGAGGAGUUUUUCUGAUGUUGACAGCAGAUGUUACCUGUACAGGUGAUGAAGAUGAGCUCAGAUCUUCUGUCUCUUCUUCUUCACAUCUCACACUCACUGUCAGAGUCUUACCAAAGGACACGCUGAACCUCAGCCCUCCAGCUAAGAGACAAAACAAGAUAUUCCUUCAUUAACGUCCGUUUUAAUUACAGCAGCACAUAAAUAAAGAAAUGAAAGAGUUAAAAAGAUGAUAUUGAUAUUUACAGACACUGAACGACUCCCUGCUGAGACACAGACCCUCCACAGACAAUAAAAACAGGUUUAUCAUGAGGUCAGGGGUCAACGGAGGAGAAGGACUCAAAAAUAAAAAAAGGAGAUUAAAAAGAAAUAAAAGAAAAAAAAAUAAAAACUUUAAAAUGUCCAAAUAAAAAAAAUCACUGAAGAAAAAAAAAAAAAAGUAAAGUGACAAAAACACAAAAACACAAAAACACAAACAGACAAACAACGAACCAACAAGAACAGACACAGGUGAGACUGAUGAGAGAUAAACAACUCCUACAAAAUAAAACAGGAAAUGAAGAAUCAACUCCUACAAAAUAAAACAGGAAAUAAACAAAGAAUCAACUCCUCCAAAAUAAAACAGGAAAUAAACAAAGAAUCAACUCCUCCAAAAUAAAACAGGAAAUAAAGAAUCAACUCCUACAAAAUAAAACAGGAAAUAAAGAAUCAACUCCUACAAAAUAAAACAGGAAAUAAACAAAGAAUUAACUCCUACAAAAUAAAACAGGAAAUAAACAAAGAAUCAACUCCUCCAAAAUUAAAUAGGAAAUAAACAAAGAAUUAACUCCUACAAAAUAAAUCAGGAAAUAAAGAAUCAACUCCUACAAAAUAAAACAGGAAAUGAAGAAUCAACUCCUACAAAAUAAAACAGGAAAUGAAGAAUCAACUCCUACAAAAUAAAACAGGAAAUAAAGAAUCAACUCCUACAAAAUAAAACAGGAAAUAAACAAAGAAUCAACUCCUACAAAGUAAAACAGGAAAUAAACAAAGAAUCAACUCCUACAAAAUAAAACAGGAAACAAACAGAAAACAGGAGGUAAACGGUCAAACUGAACCUGACAGACUGAACUUCAGGGAAAAUAAACUCAGAUAAUAAAACCGGUAAAAAUAAUCAGAUCAUUUAAUGACUCAGGAACAUGUUUCUGUCUUUAAUCUUGUUCAGAUAUUUUCACUGUUGAUCUGAAAAAUCUGAACUUUUGUUUUGAAGGUGAAAAUAAUGAAGGGGAUAAAUGUUGUGAGAAACUUUGUGGUUUGUUCUUCCUCUUCGAUGAUCGUUAAACCUCUUCUUCUUCACGCUGAGAGCGGAUGAACCACAGACUGACUUUGUCUCCAGCUGAUCCACCUCCUCAUACUGGUUCAGUCUGUCUUUAAACCAGUUCAGAUACUGGUCUGCACAAUCACCCCCAUCAGGCUGUGAUGGGAUUCACCUGUGUGUGGGUCUAUUAGUGGAACAGGUGAGUCCCUGAUCCUGCCCAGAGGUUCAACACAAACUCCAGUCAAAGUGCAGAAGAAGAAGAAGGACUCCACUGUCUCCACCUUCAGCAUGUUCUCUGGAUCAGGGUUUGUGUUUCAGGUUUUUAUAAACUUCUGUUUCCUGCUGCUCUUCUUCCUUCUCAGAUGUUCGGUCUCUUCCAGGUGGAUCUUCUUCCUCCUCCUCCUCGUCUUUGGAGCUGCAGAAGCUCAACACAAACCGCCUAUCAGUGAGUUUCUCAGACGUGGUUUGGAGGUCACAGAGUUACCUGAUGAACUUUGGCUGCAGACUAACGUGGACUUUCCCCUCAGGUGUCCACUCUCAGUGUCUGGGGAGUGUCCUGCGUGUGGACGUCGGUCCACUCGGAGGACAUCAGCUGGAAGUUUCUGCUGUGAUCAGUAAGAAAACUCUUCUGAGUGUUUCAGCUCUUUGUCUCGGCUCUCCUCUCUAACUGCUCCUCCUUCUCCUGCUCCUCCUGCUCCUCCUCAGAUGGCUCGGCCGUCCCUCUGACCCCGGCUUUGGCCUCUCAGUGCGGCUUCAGUCUGAAGAGGAACCAGCUGGGGAGGGCUCAGAUUUACGCCUCCCUUCAAAACUGUUUCGCUGCAAAUGAGGUAAAAAAAGUGGAUGAUUUUCCACAUGAGCGUCUGUCUCUGCUGAGCGUUUCUGAGUCUCAUUUUCAUUCGUCUGUAGAACGAUAAAACCUUCACCACCACAUUAAACCUCCGCCUGUACGGGAACCGGAUGGGUGACGACCAGCUGUACCAGGUGGCAGAAACCUGCCGUUACACUUCCUGGGCCUCCAGGGAAAUCAUCUGUUCCAGCAACUAUAUGGAGGCGAGUGACGGCGGCGGGACGCUCAGGGGUCACGAUCAGGGGUCACGAUCAGGGGGUCGUGUUUAGUCUGUGAUGCAGUCUGCGCUGAGUGUGGAUGAAUGAAAUGGAGGAUGAGUCGGUGGAUAAAUGAGGGAUGUUCAUGUUGUAUUUCACAUCACAGUUUAGUGGGUUGUUGCACAGAGUGUUGUCUGUUGGUUCUGUCAGGAGUUGAGUUCGUGAAGUGUUCGUUGGUAGGUCGGUGGUUUCAUUAUCAGUUAUCUCUGAUGGCUUCACUUCCAGGUGUCGGUGGAAAGAGCAGCUCCAGACGACUACGUCCUUCCUGAACAUCCGACCACAGGAGCUAAUCCAGCGUCAGGAGAUCCUCGGCGGGACGCAGAGGUUUUUAAAGCUCAUUUAAUCCUUUUUUUAAUGUUCCUAAAACCUUCUUUCUUUAACUUCUGGGUUUGGUUCUGUCCCCACAGAAACCCCUCAUAGACCCAGGAUUCAGGAUCACCACGCUGGUCUUCUACACUCCUGAAGAAAGGAUCAUGCCGGUGGCUGAGGCCCAGAGGAACGGUUACGGGAUCGCAAACACGGCCACGCGGCUGUUCCUGAGAAGUCCGAAGGUUUCCCAGGAAACGUACACGGAGAGUGUGAGUGGGCCGAGUCCCCGACCAGAACCCUCAGAGAAUCACUCAGUCCAUUCGAUCUGCUGCAGCCGACCAUAAGAGGAAGAUCUAAUAAUGUCAUCAAAGUGAACCGGAUCCUUCUGUGUCUGCACACAGACCGAGGGAGAGGAGGGAGAGAGGGAGGAGGAGGAGGAGGAGGAGGAGGAGGAGGUCGCUCUCACUCAUGUUGUUGUUGUUGUUGUGGAGUUAAAUGUUGAAUGUUCAUGUGUCAUAUUACAGAAGUUCUCCCCCCUCCUCCUCCUCCUCCUCCUCCAUGACUCCUUCAGUCACACGGACCAAUCAAACUCCUCUAACCUCCUGAUUUGAUGUUUUCACGCCGCAGGUCUCAGGAGUUCCCAUGAGCGUGCUCAAAACCUCCACCGUCUUCGAGAAGAAGUGGAUGGCGACUCAGAUAGACGCGGCGGUGGCCUGUCCUGAUGUUGACGGUGAGUUCUAGAGAAGAUCCCGGUUCUCUCUCGUCUCCAUCUUUGUGUGAGGUUUUUUUUUCUGCUGAGGAGGUCCUGGACUCUUCUGAACCUUCUCAUCUCCACAGGAAGUGUCUCUCUGACUGAAGACACCAUCAGCUGGUUCCUCCCCGGACACAUCGACCCCCUGCUGUCCUCCGGUCAGUUCUACCUGUUGGAGGUCCACAUGGGGGUGGACGGUCAGAGGCUGGACCCCACUGAGAUGGCCGCCAGAGGUUAUUCCCUGUCGGUCAACGACAUGCACAUCGUCGUGGAGAUUCCAGUUGGAGCUGCUGGAGGUCAUUUCAAAGUGAGAUUUUAAGGUUUUAAAGUUCCUACAAAGUCCAGACUGAAGGGUUCGGCAAAACACGAUAAAUAACGAUUAAAUAUUUAGAUCGGACCGAUCCGAGAAAGGCAGGAUUCAAACUAACGUGAGGGACUUUAACGUAGUAAGAACCUGAGGAAAAAUCUGUGAGUUUUGCUGAGUCAUGGUCAGGACGGUCUCUUGUGUUUUUGUAGAGUCAUGUUUAGGAUGGUCUACAUUCGUUUUUUGGAGAGUCAUGUUAAGGUCCGUCUAAUUUUUUUGCAGAGUCGUGGUCUGUAUUUAUAUUUUGCUGAGUCAUGCUAAAGACGGUCUAUAUUAAUUUUUGCAGAGUCAUGUUAAAGACGUCUCCUUUUUAUUUCAUUGCUGAGUCAUGUUCAGGAAGUCUGUCUUGUCAUUUGUUGCUGAGUCAUGUUCAGGAAGUCUGUAUUUAUUUUUGCUGAGUCAUGUUUCAGGACGGUCUGUCUUGUCAUUUGUUGCUGAGUCAUGUUAAAGACGGUCUCUUGUUUUUUGCAGAGUCAUGUUCAGGACGGUCAGUACCUCAGGUCUUACUCCAUCGAGCCGAUGCUGGAGGUCCUCUGGGUUGAAGACUCGACCCACGAGGACACACGGUACCGGGUCCUCCUCCCAAUCACGACCCCGCCCAUGUCUCAGUCGGUUCAGGUUCUGGACAGUAAGUCUUCUCCUGGUUCUGGUCCGGUUUGUGAGUCCCAGAGACCCUCUGCUGCUUUAACGUCUUCGAUGUUUCUGCUCCUCAGACACGGUCCCUGAGGAGCGGAUCUUCAAAGUGCUGCUCGGGCCCCUGGGCUCGGAUGUGGUUCUGAUGAAUGUGAGCUUCUCCUCGGAGGUUCUGAGCGUGUCGGAGUGUAACCUCCGGGGUUUUAACGUCAUGGAGCACGUGUCCCCGAACAGCAGCUCCAAGGUCUUCACGCUGGAGGUGCCCUUCACGGACCCGGUGGUUCUGCAGACGGUAAAGUUCUUGGUUCUUCUCUGCAGAGACGGACUCGGACUCGGUCCUCCUCUGACUGGACUCUGAUUGUCUCCUCAGGGACAAACCGGGACGACCGUCUUCUCUCUCCACGUGACCUUUGGCCUCCUGGUCCUGCCCGAGUUCGCUCCGUUUUCUCUCUCUGCGUACCUGGAGGAGACCUUAGUGGACAUCGGUGAGGACCGAUCAGAUUUAGAGGAGCUGAUUGAGAACUGAUCAGGAUGAUUGAUCACCUCAGAUGUCUGAUUUCUUCUCAGUGUCUCACCCUAAAAUCUGCGUAAUAACCCUUUUUUAGUCCCUCCCUCCGUCUCCGGCGGCUGCGAUGAGGAAAACUUCUACAUCCUGGUGAAACACGGGAGUCCAGGGUUCGAGUUCCAGACUUUGGUGGGGACUCGGAUCCUGACCCCUCAGCUGGCACAGCAGUACGGCUUCAUGGACAACGGGACCCACUUCAGUUUUGAGGUUCCGAUUACGGCCCCUGAAGUCCAGUUUGAGGUACGCUCAGAGUCUGAGAGAAGAACCGUCCUGGAGGUUCUUGUCUUCUGUUUUUGACCCUCCUUCUGGUCUCUGAAAUCCUCUCAGGCGGUCCAGUCUUCGACCAUCAGGAGCAGGAUCGACGUGGUUCUGAGGAACCAAGAAACCAGCAGAAGAAUCCAGGACUUCUCGUUGGCCUGUGACUUCGUGACGACGCUGACGGGUUCGUUUUCACGAGUUUUUUUAACUUUUAUCGACUAAAAAAACGAUCGGUCCAAACUCAGGUCCGGUUCUGGUCUUUCAGAGUGCUUUCCCAACGGGACCAUGACGGCCUGGGCGGUAAAACUGGAGUCUGUUCCCAGUCUAAACCUGGCCCAGCUCACACUCAGAGACCCCACCUGUGGCCCCGCCUACAGCGACGACCGCUACGCUUACUUUGUCUUCACUGCGAACUCGUGUGGGACGACCAGGAAGGUAGAUCUGGUCCUGAGAACCUCAGAGGUCUCAGAUGUUGGUCUGAAAGAACGCUGAGUUAACAAAAACCCGGUUCUGGUGUCUGGUUCUCAGUUCCUGCCCAACAUGAUGCUCUACGAGAACGAGAUCUCUCUGCCCGACGAGCUGGAGAUGAGGAGAACUUCACGGAGGGAGGAGCCCGAGUACGAGUGAGUCAGGAUCCACCUGCAGAAGGUUUGAAGGUUCAGUCACUGGUCCAGUUUCAGAGACGACCUCGGUUUAGAGACGUAGGCGGGUGCAGUUAUAAAAAAACACAAAACGGACAAAAAACCAGCUGAGGAACUUUGAGGAUUUUUCAGGGUCACGUCAUUUUUGUAUCUGACUAACAUGAGGGUCCAGUGAGACGUUUGACAGUCCACCAGGUUCUUCUGGAGGUUUGGGUCCACCUGGACGUGAGUUUGAGUAAAACCUGGUUCUGGGUCUCUGUCUCUCUCUCUCUCCCUCCGUCUUCUUUCAGGUUGAAAGUUUCCUGUUACUACGACAUCAACAAAACGCACGCCGUGGCCUUCCGCGCCAGACCUCGCAGAAGUCAACCACACGCUGAAGACGCCAAAGGAGCGCUGCAGGUGGAGAUGAGACUCGCUCUGGGUAAGAGGAACCAUCUGUGUGGACUUUAAAGCUCCUGUGGAGUCCAUCAAAGACCACAGGGGGCGCCAAAACUUUGGUGACAGUAGGAAAACUCGGCUCGGAGUCUGGGGUGAUCCAGGUCUUGUGGAUCCUCUUUUUUUUUCAGAUAAGUCCUACAGAGAGUUUUAUGGGGGUCAGGGCUAUCCUGUGUCCAAGUACCUUCAGCAGCCGCUCUUCUUCGAGGUGGAGCUGAUGAAGUCCAGGGACCCCAAGAUCUCAGUGGAGCUGGAGAACUGCUGGGCGACCCUCGAUGAAGACCGGACAUCCCGACCCAGAUGGGACCUCAUCAUCAACGGGUAACUGAACGGGUCUGAAUCCAGUCCUGCAUGUAGAGAAAGGAAAAACCACAUUAGGGUCAGAACUGUUCAGAGUCCAGACCUGGUCCUGGUCCUGAAGACCUAAAACGGUCCUCCAGCUCAAGGAUCAGAUCUUAAAUCUGAACCCUUUCCUUUCAGCUGUGUAAACCCGGUUGAUCCAUAUCAGCUGAUCCUCCAUCCGGUCUGGCCCGGUGGCAGAGUCCAGUACCCCCCUCAUUUCAAGCGCUUUGAGGUCCAGAUGUUUGCCUUCUCUGAGGACCAGGAGAACCUGAGUCGACAGGUAGAUGUUGUAGUUUUUUAAAGGUGUGGGUCUAAAACUGAACCCUCAUCUGUCUCUCUGACCCUCUCAGGUGUUUGUCCACUGUGACGUGGUGAUCUGUGACCCCCAAAACCCCCAGGGUGGGGUGUGUAGUGGACCGUGUCCAAACCAGGAGAACAAGAGAAAAAGUAGGAGAUCCUGGUUUUGGUGGUUUUAGGGGAAAGAUCUGAAAAGGGUCUGACUGUGUUUCUUCUCUUCCAACAGGUCUGAGACGAGCAGCUGAUGGUGGUUCUGACUCCAACCAUGUGUCCUCAGGACCCAUAAUCCUCCACUAAACCCUGAACCUGAAGAUGGUUUUAAUAAAGUUCAUGACACUCACCUGAG